AUGCUAACGGACUAUGGCUUAAGUUUCUUGGCGUCAGAGGCGAGCGGGGACGAAGAAACAGUUGGUGCAAUCCGCUGGAAAGCGCCCGAGGUGAUCCGUAAGGAAAAGCCUGUGGCUACCAAUGCGCAGUCCGAUGUGUAUUCAUUCGGUAUGUGCGUGGUGGAGACGGUGACUAGUGAUGUGCCUUGGGGGCAGCGUGUACCAGACCCGAUAGUCAAGUUCCACGUGACUCGAAAGAGAUUCUCACCUCGUCCGAAAGCUUUUAAGAAUGACGCGCAAUGGUGGUUGGUGCAGAGAUUAUGUGCAUUCGAGCCAUCAGAGCGAAUGAAGUUGUCGGAUGCUAUUGAUGUGCUCCGUAAGUUUGCAGAAGAGGAGCGAUUCCAUGAGCGUCUUCGGACUAUGGCAGAUGAUGUGAGUGAUAUUGAUACGAAGGGCCCUCCCAAGUCCUCCAAAAUGACUAUGGGGAGUAUACAUGCACCGGCAAGGAUUAAGUCAAUGGGCCUGUCGAUGCGAGUGAAAAUUGGAGACAAACGCUAUCGCGCUGCGUAG